AUGGGAGGCGAUUAUUAUGGGUUCUCAUUACCUGGACCUAGUACUACUACCUUAUAUUUUUUGCCGCUUGGAGCAACAAAUGAAACAAUAUCUCAAAGUUAUGGUAUUCACAAUGUUUCAAUAACAGUGAGGCAAAACAAUAAAUCCGAAAUGAUCAAGCAAAUCAUGAAG